AUGAAUCCUGAUAUCAUUGAAUAUCCGCUUGCAGACCCGUCCAUUAUCCUUUCGGUGUCAGAAGAUGCGUUCGCACCCAAAACCGGGUUGCAGGUCCCCAUCUCGCUGUAUGUCGAGAAGUUCUCUUUAACGGAGGAUCUUGUAGCGGAAAACGAUUUUGGCAAGAAUGAGGAAAGCGAGAGGAAUGCGGCAAAGGAAAGCACGGAUGCCGCCGCAGCUACCUUUCGGCUGUACACUCAUCAAAUAGACAUUCCUCAAGGAUCGGAUGACUAUGUCUCACUGGGUGUUCCUGGUAAAAAUGGCACGUCGAAACAUCCCAAAGGAGCAUCGGGUGGAAACAUUGAGCUGUACGUGGAGAGCCUUCCACUGAGCACCGCAAGAAGGAUCCAGAUUAAAGUUCCCGGUGGUCAUGGUUGGGAUGGUAUCCCAACUGUGGAGGAUAAACCCCCAACUAAUGGAGGUGACGGAGGUGACGGUGGCCAUGUCAUUGUGCUCUUGGGGCGGAUCCUCAGCCAGGCAGUAAUAAUCUCGGAGUCGUUGUUAACAGCGCUCAAUAGCGAUGGAAGCGAAUGGCCGGUCGACUUCCGGGACACAGUCCGCUCCUGGAUAAGCACGAUGAAUGAGGCAGAGGUCCAGGAGGUUUAUGUCUUACCAUCCACCAUGCAGGAUGCGAGUCAGGUCCUCAGUGGACUGAAAGCUGAUUUCAAUCGGGAGGUCAUCACGGCUUAUCAGAAGCUUCUCGCAAAUGAAGAUUCGUUGCUUUCCCAGGUGACCAAGAGCAUCAAUGUCGACGGGGGAACAUAUGGAGUUGGAGGCACAAGUGCCCAGGGCCAAGGGACCAGCGGCAAUAGUGGCUCCAGUGGUGAGCAGCACUCCUUUUUCAUCGACUCGACCUCGACAGUCACGGAGUCCACCGUCUGCUACCUACACCCGGUAGAAUGCCGAAUGCUUCUUGACAAGGCAAAGGCUCUUCUGUUCUUAAACACUGAUGACCAGAAAGCAAGGGCCUUGCAAUACCUCCAGCAGCUUCAGCAACGACUUUGGUUCUUGGGAGACCCCUCCUGUCCUAAUGAUCUGUCCGGUACCAACCUAGGGCAGGCAUAUCGAAGAGCCGAAGAAUCUCUGGCGGUGGUUUCGGGACCAGAGGGCGAGGAACCUGCAUCCAUACAACAGCUCCGAUCCAUCUACGACCAGGUUGACAAAACCAUAAAGAUGCUCGUUGCUCCCCAGGACACGUUUGCAACACAGAAUCUCAAAGUUCCUCGCGGCUCUUUCGCCUUUUACAAAGAGUACGCAGACAAGUUCCUUGAUGACCUGAAGGUGAUUGAGGACACAUACUUGGGGUACCUCAACGACGACCUCACCAAUGAGCAAAAAGCUCACGCAGUUCAGCAGAGGGGCUCCAUGUGUGACUCCUCCAAAUCUCAGAUCGAAAAUUCGAUUAUGGCUGUGAGAAAUGCUCUAACAACAAUCGACUCCAAGAUUGCAGUGGCUCAGGAGGAUAUGAGGAUAGCUGAGGCACGCUUGAUAGCAAGCAUCGCUGAUGUUGAAGAUGCGAUCAAGAACGCUUUCAAAUUCAGUUUCGAGGAUCUCCUCAAAGGAAUCACCCAGGUUGUUUCCAUGAAAGACGAUUUCACAUCCCUGCUGGGCACAAUCAACGACAGCACCAAAUGGGCCCACGAUCAUCUCUCGCAAAUCUCGAAAGACUCUGGGGUCAACAUCAACAAAGGUUACCUUUUGCACUCUGUCACCCAGAUUGAAGGCUCUAUUGAGGACCUGCACGAAGGGUACACCAUCCUAGCCGACGGAAACGCUCAGUUCGAUGACCCAGGGUGUGCAAAACUGGUUUUGUUGGAAUCAGAGCUCAACAAGCUACUGGCGGAAUUUAGUGCUGCGCUCGGAGAUGAUCGUCUCAAGCAAGUCAAGGACUGCUUUGAUCGAUAUGUUGAAACCACCCAAACCCGCAACUCAGCGGUCAUGGACUACAGUGCGGGCAUACAGCAGCUCAUUAACUAUCUCGGAACUGCUGAAUCCCUGGAUAGUCAAAAGAAGGACAUAGUCCGUGACGAGUAUAAUGUCCUUGGGCUAGAACACCCAACACUGACCGCGUUCAUGCGCACGCUUUACACCAACUCCCUUGCCAGUGUCCAGCUCUGGUUGGGAAAAAUGCAGCAGGCUUAUGCAUUUGUUACCCUGGACCAAACCAACAUCAUUGGAAAUGCAAUGGAUGGGUUCCAGUUUUCCCAGUUCACGCAUGGCAUGUUGAACGCUGUCAGCUCCGAUCUGAAUAACUACUAUGCCCAACGGGUCGAGUCCUGGGGCCAGUCCAUGCAGACACUCAAGGGUGUCACGUUCCCCGUCUCCGAUGUAAAGCAGGACAUGCAAACAUUCACAGAUAAAAAGUCAACUGUUCAAGUUGCGCUCACGCCUAAAACAAUCAAUCCGACAACCGACGGGCUCAUUUUCGGAGAAGGCAGGGUUGAUAUCCGAUUGACGAAUAUUCGCUGCUUCAUCGAUGGCGCAAAGACUGACACUGGCUUUCUUGACCUCCUCCUAGUGCAUACCGGUCAGGAGGCCAUCAUCGAUGAGACAGGCACGGCACAUACCUUUGAUCACCAGCCUGUCGUGACCAACUUCCGCUAUGUGAUCGAGGACAAGGAUCAUACUGGGCCGGGAACGGUGGAUGGCGUUAUCGGCACGGUUUCUGAUAAUGAUCAAUAUGCUAUGGUCGGACCAUUUACGAAAUGGCACAUCGUGAUCAAUCAAGCGAAUAACCCUGGCUUGGAUUUAUCAAGUGCCGAAGACCUGUAUCUGGAGUUUGAUAUCCAAUUCAGAGUGCGGGCAUAG